GUUGGCUGAGGUGUGUGUUUUCCUCUUCUUCCUCUGGAGUGAAAGUUACUGCGUCUGUAUGUUCGUCAUGACGGUCUUGCAUCGAUGAAGGGGUUUUACACAGAGAAUUAAAGGGAAAGCUGCACUUUAGAUCGGUGUAAAUAUGGCUCAUCUUUCCCAGUGCUCCUCUGCCGGGGACAAUCCCCUGGACCCCAACUACCUGCCCCCUCAUUACCGUGAGGAAUACCGAUUGGCGAUUGAUGCCCUGGUUGAAGCUGACUUGGAGGGCUACUGUGGGUUUCUUCAGGAAGCAGAUGUGGUUGAUUUCUUAUCCCGUUCAGAGAUUGAGUAUAUCAGACACAUGGUGCAGGCUCCGCAUCGCACCGCCCAGCCAGAGAGGAGAUACAUGGCUGAAGAUGUAGAUGGCUCUUCUGACACUUACUGGCCGGUACAUUCAGACCAUGAUGCUCCGAGCCUUGACUUAGGCUGGCCACAGCAAUACAGAUUUGUUGGACCCACUGAGGUCACUACAUUGGUGAACCCGUCUGACCCCGAGAUGCCCAGUAUCAAGGAGCAAGUCCGCAGAAUGAUCAAGAAUGCACAACAAGUUAUUGCUGUGGUGAUGGAUAUGUUUACAGAUGUUGACAUCUUUGCUGAUAUCCUUGGUGCAGCGACACGUGGUGUGGCUGUUUAUGUUCUUCUUGAUGAACUGAAUGCUCACCAUUUUGUUGGGAUGGUGAACAACUGUAGGGUGAAUCUGGAUGAAAUAAAAUUCAUGCGGGUAAGAACCGUGUCUGGUAGUACCUAUUACUGCAGAACAGGAAAGACCUUCAAAGGUCAGAUGAUGGAUCGCUUUAUUCUGGUAGACUGCAGAGCUGUUUUAAGUGGUAACUAUAGCUUCAUGUGGUCUUUUGAGAAGAUACAUCGCUGUCUUGCUCAUCUAUUUCUGGGACAGCUUGUAACCACCUUUGAUGAAGAGUUUCGGAUUCUCUUUGCCCAUUCAGAGCCACUGGUUGUUGAAAAUGUUUUGGCAAAUAUGCCACACUAUGGUGGUGAACCUGAAAGCGACUACAACACAGAAAAGGCCCACAUGUUUAACAGACAAUAUCCAACUAUGGACAUGGAAUGGGCUGGACGUACUACAGAAGAUCAUAUGAAAUUGGGUUACAAAAUGUUACCCUUUAGGAGUGAAUCCAUCCACAGUGCACCAGAAGCAAAUCCCUCAGUUCAGAGGCACAUGAACCUGCAUGCUGCCCAGCAAUAUAGAGGGGACCAUCAAUUUAUAGAGCAUGGAAGGCAAAUGAGUGGACCAAAUGAAAUGGUUGGCUUCAAAAGACAUAGCUACGGAAAUAUACCUGAUUAUGAAUACAUGCCUCCUCAAAACCAUCCAACAAUGAGAGGAAACCAGUACAUAGAGGGAGCAAUGCCGCAGGGCGGCCACUUUGCAAGGGAACCACAUAUUUACCAGGGAGCUGAAUUACAAUCUGGUUAUGACAUGUAUGGAAGGUUUAGAGGCCAAGGCCAACACAUCGAUCAGUUUUCAGGGCCUGUCUACCCUCAUGAGGGAGAUGAGGCUGAGCCACCUGGAGCUUAUGACCAUAUUCAAAGAUACCUGCAGUCUCAACCUGCUGUGGAGGAAGGACAUGGUCCAAGAAAUGUAUUACCACAUAUGCAGUCCAAUCUCAAGAGACAUAGCAUGGGACAGUCUUAUACAUGUCAGACCUCCCCAACACAACCAAACCCGCCAGAACAGAAACGUUUCCUCAAUGUAAACCGCAAACCACAGGAUGGGAGUCAAAAGCAAGGCCUGCGGGACUGGAGGAUCAGCUCAUACCUCAGUGCAAAUGAUGAUGCAGGAGAGCUGGAUUUAGCUGAACUUGAAGGAUCCACUGCAUGUGAUGACAUUCCAUGUUUUACGCAGGAAGCUCCUUGUGGCCCCAUACGUGCUGAAAUUAGGCCAGGAAAUAGAGAGUUUAACAGGAUACCUUCACCUAGGGAAAAUCCCACGUUUGUCCAAAUUCAAAAUGAUUCUAUUGUACCUGACAGUUUAGCUAAUCCUCCAUCUGAUUUGUCACAAAUAAAUAUCAAAACAACACCAGCAUCAACUUCAGAGUCUUCUUGCACCACUGAGGGUGACAAAGCGGAGGAGAUGCAGAAUAGAGAAACUAAAGAGACUAAUCAGAUAAGUGAAGAGUUCCUCAAAAGGAAACCCAACCGACCUGUCCAGAGGAGUUCCAGACUGAGACACUCGCUGAUAUUCAGUUCAAAUCUGGAGUUGCAUACAUCAAAAGAGAUGAAAGAUACUGCUGGAGAAAAAGAUGGGGAUGAAGCUUCAAAACUUUCAGCUCGUGUGUCACAAAUCUUAGAUAAAAGGAGGACUGGUUCUCCAUUUCAACCAUUUCAGUGGAGCAAUUUUGUAAAGUCAGCCACAUUUGAUAACUCCGAGUCUGCACAACCUGAGGAUGAACUGAACAAAAUGGGUGAAAAUUCUGAUGUAGAUAAGGUUGAAACCUGCCAAAAUAUUCGAAAUAAUUCAUUAAAGGGUGAUCUGCAAGAAAAAGAGCUGCCUCAAACAGUUCCUGAAAAAAAUAGCCAAAGGGAUGAAUGUCCAUCUAAUUUAUUACAAAAGCCAUCUUCUUUCAUAGAUAUGAAUGACCCUGACUAUAGACUGAGGUAUUUCAAAGAGUUAGCAGCCAAACGCAAGCUUGCAGCAGCAAAGGCUUCUCAGAGCAAUCCGAUGAAAGCCACCCAAAAGUUUACUCUACCAGAGAAACCUUUAGCUAAUAAUGCAGAUAAAAAAGGGCCUGUUUUCAAGACCCCAGAAACUCCAUGCAAGUCAAAAAAUACCCCUGCCACAGUAACAGAGAUCAAAGAAACCUGUAAAGACACUAAAUGUGAGGAAUCGAGUAAAGACAUUCUACUUAGAGCCACUGAUGCUGAAAAAAUUAGAUUUAAGAAAAAACUUGCAAAAGAGUCUGGCUCAACUUUAAAAAAUUUCAAGGAAGACAUUGAUCAAGCUCUAAAACCUGUUGAAGUGGCAAGAACAGUAUCUACAGCUGAAGACCAGACACCCCCCAUUUUAAAAAUUUUUUCACAGAAGUCGCUCUGUGCCUUACAAAAUCAAGUAGAUUCUGUUGCAUUAGAUACUACCUUAACAGAAUCUGGUCUCAACCAAUAUCAUAUUCCUAAAGAAACAGAUCCCUCCCAUGCCUUUCUGACUGAGAGUUGUCUGCCUGUAAAGUUACCACAGACAAAGUGUGUGUCACCACUAUGCUCCACUCCAAAUGAGGGAAGUCUAUCUGCAAAAGACUCACAGAGCCUACCCAAUACUUCUAGCACAUGUUCUGAUACUUUGCCUCUUGAUUCUAAUUCAGCAGCAAACCUUGCAAUUGUAGAUACGUGUGUACCAUCAAAGAAUGACCACAAAGAUACAGUUCCCUCCCCAGCAUUUUCUACAACUGGAAUUAGUUCCACCGAACACCCCACUGCAAUAAAGGCAGACUCUUCUCAACACCUCAGUGAAACUGGGGCAGAUUUUUCUAGACACUUCACCGCAGUAGGGGCUGAACCAUCUACAGCAGAAAAUGUGCAUUCCCAACACCACCCUGCAACAGAGAAAAACUCUUCUCAACGACAUACUUUAAUGGAAGCGGACUCUUCCAUACCACCCACUACCACAGAAAGUGAACCCUUACAAAAAUCUACUUCAACAGAGGCAGACCAUUCUCAACACAUUGCUGCAUCUAAAACAGACUGUUUUCAACAGCCUACUGCAGUGAGGAAAGACUUUUCCCUGCACCCCACUGCUACAGAAUGUGGAACUUCACAAAACGUCCCUAUUACAACAGAAACUGAUUCUUUCCAACAGCCAACUGCAGCAGAAAGUCAAUCGUCAUAUCACUUCACUACAAUUAAAGCAGCCUCUUCUCAACAGCCUACUGAGACAGGAGAAGACUCUUCUCAGCCCCCCAUUAAAACUAGGACAGACUAUUGCCAACAAUCCAGUGGAGCAGAAAGCGAAUACUCUGCAAAACACACUUCAGUGCAGACAGACCCUACUACAGCAAGAAAUAAAUCAUCCCAACAGUACUCUCCAGUAUCCUCAGACUUUUCCAAACAUCCCCCUGCAGUGGGGGCAGACACUUCAGAACACCUCACUGCAGCAGAGAUGGACUCUUCUCAGCUGUCUGCUGCAUCUGUGGAAGACUCUAUGCAACACCACGUGGGAAAAGAAAGUAAACAUUCCCUAAAACCCACUGCAUCAGGUACACAACCCUUCAUGCAGCCAAAUGCUUCUGUUGAAGCCUCUUCACAACAUUCCAGUGCAAUGGAGACAGACUCCUCCCAGCAGCCCACUGUGACAGCCACAGACUCUUCUCAACACCCCACUGCAACAGCUACUGAUUCUUCUCAGCAACCCAUUGCAAAGGAGACAGACUAUUCUCAAAAGCCUAUCACAAUGGAGACAGACACUUCUCAGCAGUCCACUGCAUCAAUGGUAGACACCAUCAAAGACCUAAGUACAUCCGAGGCAGACACUCCCCAGUCCCACACUGCAACAAAAAGUGUCCUUUCCACAGAACAUUCCAAACAAUUACCUUUAUUGGGGGCAGGCUCUUCUCAACAGCCCACUGCCACAACCAAAGUUUCUACCCAGCAGCCCACUGCAACAGUCACAGACUCUUCCCAGCAGCCCGCUGCAAAAGAGAUAGGCUCUUCCAGGAAGCCGGCUGCAGCAGACAAAGACUCCUCCCAGAAGUCCACUUCAACAGGCAUAGACUCUUCAGACACAGACUCUUCUCAGCAGCCCACUGUAACAGUCACAGACUCUUCAGACACAGACUGUUUGCAGCAGCCCACUGCAACAGUCACUGACUCUUCAGACACAGACUCUUCCCAGCAGUCCACUGCAAUAGUCACAGACUCUUCAGACACAGAUUCUUUCCAGCAGCCUAUUAUAACAGUCACAGACUCUUUAGGCACAGGCUCGUCCCAGCAACCCACUGCAGCCGAGAUAGACUCUUCCAGAGGGCCCACUGCAGCAGACACAGACUCCUCCCAGAAAUCCACUUCAGCAGGCACAGACUCUUCCCAGCAGCCCGCUGCAACAGAGACAGACUUUUCCCAAGAGUCCACUGUAAAAGACACAGACUCUUUCCAGCAGCCCAUUGCAACAGAGGUAGACUCUUCCCGAGAGCCCACUGCAGCAGACACAGACUCCUCCCAAACAUCCACUACAACAAAAACAGAUUCUUCCCCUGAGCCCACUGCAGCAGUCACAGACACUUCCCAGAAGUCCACUUCAACAGGCACAGACUCUUCAGACACAGACUCUUCUCAACGGCCCACUGUAACAGUCACAGACUCUUCAGACACAGACAAUUCCCAUCAGCCCACUGCAAUAGACACAGACUCUUUCCAGCAGCCUACUAUAACAGUCACAUACUCUUUAGGCACAGACUUGUCCCAGCAACCCACUGCAACAGUCACAGACUCUUCAGACACAGACUCUUCCCAGACACACACUGUACCAGCCACAGACUCUUUCCAGCAGCCUACUCUAACAGUCACAGACUCUUCAGGCACAGACUUGUCCCAGCAACCCACUGCAACAGUCACAGACUCUUCAGACACAGACUCUUCCCAGACACACACUGUACCAGCCACAGACUCUUUCCAGCUGUCCAUUUCAACAGAGACUGACUUGUCCUCUCAGCUUACUAUAACAGAAAGUGAAUUUUCCCAAAAUCCCACCAAAAUGGAGACAGAAACUUCCAAACAUCCUAUUAAAACAGAAAAUGAAUCCCUUCAAGACAUUACUGCAACAAAGUAUGACUGUGUGAAUGAGAAAAAAGAUGAUAACUUACCCGAAGCCUUUAACAAACUAAUACCCAUUCUAGAGGCUAACAUUACUCAAAAAGACAAUAGCAUAUCUCAAAAUGCAGUUAUCACCGACUUAAGUUCCCCAGCUGAACAUUUCCAAUCUGAUACUGUUACACCUUGCGAUAGCCAAGUGGAACUAAACCAAACACAAGCAUGUAUAACUCAUACAGUAAAAGACACAGACAAUGGUGCUUUAACUAGUCUUGAUUCAAUGAAGGUGAGCUCAACACAGCCUCAAGGUUCACCAGAACCUUGCCUGUCCUCGGAUGAGAUCAACUCAACUCAGGGAAUAACACAAUUACAAUCUAGUUUAUCAUCAAAUCCUAUGGAAUCUAGCUGUCAAAAAGACUCAAAGCCUGAGAAAACAGAUGAGAGCCAGAAAUCUGACACCAUUACAGAGCAAACUCAGAGUCAUGAUACUUCAGCUAUAGACUCUAACGGGGUUGAUAAAAUUAAACAAACAACACCAGAGCUAGAAAACACUGUGACUAAAAUUGGCGAGGUGUCAGAAAAAUCACAUUUGACUGUUCACAGUAAUUCAGAAAAUAAGUCUUCUGUUGCAGAGAAUGCAAAAUCGAUUGUGUCUGCCCAUCAGACAUCUACUGCAAAUGUUAUCUCUUGUAGCAACCUUAGAGAUGACACUAAAGUUCUUUUAGAGCAAAUUUCAGCAAAGAACCAAAGCAGAUCUUCCCUGUCCAAGCAGACUCUUGCUGCACCCAAUGAAGCCAAAAAGGCUGAGGUUAGCUCUGCAGAUAAAUUGUUCUCAAGUUAUUCAGGAAGGUCCUGGUCCUCGAAGACUACACCAGAAGAGCGGGAGAUGUUACUACAAAAGAUGCAGCAAAUGCGUAAAGAGAAGAAGGUCUACAGCCGUUUUGAAGCCUCAUGAAUUAACCCAAUGGAAGAGGGGCUCCACUGAUGAACAAUAAGAGGGAAGCGAUUUUGCCAGAUCUUUUCUUUCUUAAAGUCUUACCUCAUAACUGUGAACCUGCACAGACUUGGAUUAAAGUGUCUUAUAACUUCUGAUUAUACCAAAGAGUGCUGCCUAUAUUGAGAGAGUGGAAAUCCCUGCAGGGCUUAACAAGCUAUGCAGAUGAUCUGCAUGACAAGAAUAAGCUUUUGAUAGGACAGGUAUUUCUUAGUGUGUAUAUAAAUAAUAGAGCUGUGAAACACAUUUCUAAAUCUAGUGUAGUUAUUGUGAGUUUUAUAUCUAGAAAUUAUGAUGUGUUAUAAAUACUGUAAAUAGAGAGUUGUUUACCUAACAAAAACAAGGAGUUAAUUAAAAAUGGAGCUGCCAGAGACAGAGCAUGUGAGCGAUGUGGAGUGGGGGAGGAGUUGCAUGAUAUUGCCAGGAGCAAGGAGCAGAUUUUCUGAAAGUCUCCAACAUCGUUCUGAUACUGCUCCAACAUGUUAACAGAGUCAGACUAUUGUUCAUGUUUCAAUACAGCAUUAAACUUUUCUCAAAGUAUUUUUUAUUUUUUCAUUUAAUAUUGGUAUUUUGUGCCCAGAUGUUUUUCAUUGAUAUUAAAAGCCAACACUGAAAGAACUUCAUAGUGGAUCAGUAACUGGCCACACAUUUUUCUAUGUAGUGAACUUGAAGCAGUGAGCAGCAGGAAACGGAAAACAUGGAACAAAGUGGAGCUGGAGCAAAAUGAACACAGGAUGCGAAAUUGUUCAGUCAUAUGGUCUGGCGAGAGAAUAGAAAAGGACAUUCCACUAGAUGAUUAAUUUAAGUGUUUACUAGUCCAUCAGUUGAUUGUGUAAACCAAAGAUAAUGCACUGUAAAAUACAUUCUGUCUGUGUUGAUGCACAAUGGAAACUCCUAAAGCAUGUUUUUGAGCCCACGUAACAUAUCAACGAGGAUAACAUGCAGCACGUUUUACUAAAAGGAGUUUCUCAAUAUACCAAAUCGAUACAAAAAUGUGCAAUAUUAUGAAUUUAGGAUGAAAUAUUGAUUUAUUUAAGUUGUGAAAUCAGUUUGUCAACAUUUGUUCUCAUAAGCUACGUGUAGAGAACCAAUAAUGUCUGUUACAUGUUCCCACCUGUUCCAAAAGUUGUAUGUUUGAAUCAUGUUUAGAGCAAAAUGAGUAAUACUACACUGAUAUAAACUAAAAUAAAACUAGAACGUAAGACAUGUUCUUCAAAUAUUAAUAUCUCAAACCUGUGUUAUUUGCUUUUGUCGGAACAGUUAUGAAACACUGCUCAGUGGGAAGGAAUUUAUCACACAGACAGAAAAAAAUGUGUUUAUUAAUCUUCUGAUGAAAGAAUAGUUUACACAAUGUCUGUUUUUUGUUAAAUCUGUAAUCAUUCCCCUUUGGUACCAUUAUGGGUGUUUUAUAUGGGAACAAAUUGAUAGUUGACUCAAAAAUAAAAAUUCUGUUAUCAUUUACCUUCAUGUCAUUCCAAACCUAUGUGGCUUUCUUCUGUGGAACAGAAUAAAAAACAGGUGAAACAUGAUAAAUGAUGACAGUAAAUGGGGGCUUAUAGACCAUGUUACAACAGGUCAAAUACUGUGUCGUUAGUAUCACCUUUGGUGUUUGUUCACCUUUGUUUGAGUGUGUUUAUGUGACAUCACUGAUCUUUAAUUAGCUACUCAGGCAGGUUAUGAGUCAUGCUGCAAA